UCUGAAAGGAAGCCGGCUGCUGCGUUCCAGACGGAGUCUCAGCCUCCCCACACACAAUCUGCCUGGCAUCAAGGACCCACUAACCACACGGCAAGAUGUGCAAAGGACUAGCUGCCUUGCCCCACACAUGUCUGGAGAGGUGAGAGAACCAGUUUGUCUCUUUAAACAGGAAAAUUAAUGGGCUGAUGGGCUGAAAAGGAACACAGCAGCCUUUUCUCAGAAUGAGAGUUAGCGUACAUUGAAGACAGAAAAUAUAUCCCUAGCAUGUUAGGAUGUUCUCCUGCUCUCAUUCAUUUUAGUGCAGAUUGUGCAGGAGAAGUGCCAGGCGGACUGUGCCGGUGGUGUCAGGAUGGUAUAAAAUGAGCUUCAUCAACACAGUAAAGAAAUAAGGUGGCUGAACAGAACAGAAAAGUAUAAUUAACUGAGUUAAUUUGUUUUCUAUUAUGCAUGUAUGGAACCAGAAAGCUAAUUAAAUUUUGGAUUUAUAGAGGUGAACUGUUAUUUUGAAGAAUGCCAUAGAAAGUUCUGUUAAGGCAAAGCAAGAAGGUGGAGAGUGAGCUGAAUUCUCCGCCGUCUAUGCUUCCCCACCCAACUACCUUUUAAAAACUUGUUUUUAUCCCAGUAGGAUUUAUUUCCAUUUUUAAACCCAUACUGGGAGGAAAAAAAUGUCUUAAUAGGAGUUUUCUUGAGAGGGACUGUGGGUGGGGAAAAGGCUCAGCUCUUACUCUGUUCAUCUUUAAUGCAUUUUAAUUCUCCUUUACACACACACACAUUCUACUUUAUAUGGAUUUGAUACAGGUCCCAUUCUGCACAUGACCUGUUUUUAAUUUAGCCCUAAGGCUGAAUGAUAAUGUGCUCCAAGCCUCAGUUGGCCAUCUGAAAUAUCAGGAUAACAAUACUGACAUAAAUAUAUUAGGAUUUCCAUUAAACCAAAUAACAACCAUUAAACCAAAUAACAGAUGAGAUAACGGUAUAAACAUUUAUUUUAUAAGCAGCUGAUAAUAACUGUAGAGAUCCUAACUUAAAACAAAAGCAAAGAAGCGUCUUUGUCUCUUGAUGAAACACAUCGGAUGCCUAAAGGUUUCCAGAUUUGCUGCUUGCUUACAAGGUUUCCUUUUCCAAGAGUUUACCCCUCUGGGUGAAUCCAAACCAUCAAGCCCAGCAAAACAGAUAACUUCUGCACAGGAAUUGUACCUGCAGUCAUCCUGAUACUGCUUGCACAGGUCAUCAUAAAGAUUAGUGCAAUCAUGAAUGAAGUUCUUUCAGUAUUCGAAGUGCUAAGGAUUCUAUAUGUUCAUAGCUAAAGCUGCAGUCAACCUCAAUUACCUGGGAGUGAGCCCCAUCAAAUUCAUGGGACUUACUUCUGAGGAGACAUGGUAGAAUUGCAACACAAGUAUAUCCUUAUGUAGCCAAAAUGGCACCAUCCCUACACAAGGGAGAAGUUAUCUGAGGGCUGGGGUUUUUUUUUUUUUGCAGAAGCGGGGCACCUAAUGAAGCAAAACAACAAAACAAAACCCUAAACAACCCUGCUAGGUGUCUGUUGGUGGGAGUGGAAAGAGAUAUCUCUCUCUCCUCUUUCUGAGAUGGAAAAGGAUGGAAAGCUGAUAUGCUGACUGCCUGGAGCGCUGAGCAGAGAGUGCACACCACACUGCAACAUUUUGUUGCAGGUCGUCUUAUUUAGUAGUGAAUCUCUUGUUUCUAGCUUGUCACCACAAGCAAGGCAAUGGGCUACUGGUCAUUCUUUAAACCCAGGAUUUCCGUGUUUUUUAUUACUCAGGAGAGGGGUCAAGCUAUAUUUGGAUUGUAGGGGGAGGGCAAUCACUAAGCAUGCCGUGUGCAGCCCCUUCUUGGGUUUGUCAUGUACUGCUGGUGCUGGCUUGGAUUUCUUAGUAAAAGUGCAUACCUUUCAGGAUUUGUUGGGUGUCAAUGGGUUUUUAAAAAGAAGGUCCUACAUGGGAAAGCAGCUCUACAUAAUACGGAAGACAGUAAACUAAUUCUGUAGCUUUUUCUUGAGACUUUGGACACCUUAGCAAUCUUUCCUAGCAUUUAUAACCACACAGCUUUUGACUUUUCAACAGCACUUAUCUACACACAUCCCCUAUGACAAAUUCUUCAUGGCAGUGCUGGCCCUUUCUUGUAUUGCACUGGGCCUGCGGUGCAUCAGACAGGAGGGGACGCCCAGCGAGAGAAACAAAGGAGAGAAAGUGGUGAGAAACAAAGAUGGCGGAAGAAACACGGACGACAACAUGGGGGGGGGGGAGACUGAGGGAGCUGAAAGGAGGAGGAGGAGGAGGAGGAGGAGGAGGAGGCAGAAGCUGCAUCCUCGUGCACACACUUUUCUCCAGUUUGCCAUUCUUUCACUUUUUAUAGAGAAUUCAGAUUACAUUACAAUCUUGCAUUUCAGCAUUUUCUGUGUUAUCUUUCUACCUCUAUUUCAUAUGUGAUUGUUGAGCAGGGGAUGGAGGUUGUCUGAAAACAAUUACAGCACUAACUUCUCAAGUGUGGCCAGGCAAAGGGCAUUGAGAGUUUCCAGGGCUCCUGUGUCUUUAAUUAAAAGCAUCCUGUUAGCUAGUUCAGCCUGUUUUCCGUAGAACAAGACUGGGGGUGGGCGGGCUACUGAUUAUAUUUGCCUUUUUUUUUACUGUUUGAACAACUUUUCAGUAACUGCCACAGACUGAUCAUUUAUUUUCCUUGGUAGUGUAGAAUUAUUUAUCUUCCGUUUAUUUUUAUUUUUUUUAUUUUUUUAUAUAGCAUUAGUGUUAUUUCACUGUGUGAAAAUGAAAAGAUUAAAGAGGAGGAAAUCAGCAAUGAAAAGUCCUGCACCCCCCGGCUGCUUCUACAAUUCACAGGAGCUAGAAGUGACAAUAUGGCAAUUUAGAAACAGUCUUCAAUCAGCAAUAAAAAGCUUUUAAUCAGUCAUCCCUGAGCCUUGCUCAAUAGGAAGAAAUGAAAUGAACUGGAUCAGCAAACAGCAUGUUUUUAAUUAUCGUUGGCAUCAAUCUUUGCUAAACGGGACUGACUUCUCGUCGUAGUAACAUUUGUUAAAUUUGUUUGUCACUUUAUCUUGCCCAAGGCAACUCAAAACAAUUUGUAACCAACCAAGAAAAACAAGCAAGCAAAACCCAUUUAAAUGCAUUAAAACUAAGCGGGGCAGGAAAAACCCCAGUACAUAAGAAACAUCCCACCCACUUCUGAAAGGCCAUAGAUAGUUAAAGGUCAAAGGCCUGGUUGAAGAGGAACGUUUUUGCCUGGCACCUAAAGAUGUAGAAUGAAGGUGCCAGGCGAGCCUCUCUGGGAGGCUCCUGAGUCGCUUAAGGCUUCAUAAGGCAUAUUAUGUGCUGUGUUUCACUACUGUUUUGAUAUUGCUAAAGGGCUGGCAGAGACAAGGACUACAGAAAGAAAAGAGUGUAAAUGUGUGAGUGAGAUAAGCUGGAAAAUUGGGGCAGCAGCGGACGGGGGACGGGACAGGUUGCAUGAGGAGAACAAGUCCUUCCAUUGGGUAGUAGCAAACCCUCCAGCAUUUCUCUGGUGAAUUGUGAUAAACAUAAUGUGCUCAUGCACAUGUAGCUUAUUCUUCCUUUGAAAAAGAAAAGCAGAGGAGCAGGCGAUGAUUCCUGCUUGUUGAUCAGCUGCCAGAGGAAAAAGAUUCUGGCUUGGCCUCCGGGAGAAUGCAGUACUAAAAUGUGGAAACCCCAACUGGCAGUGUGAAGUAACAUAGCCCCAAACCCAGUUUGCCAUGUCAGUGAGCUGCCCUUAUGGCCAAAUGUUCCCGUUGCUUGAGCCGAAUCCUGGCUUCUCUCCUGUGCCGGUCCCACACCUGCUCUGCGUCAACACCUGCUGCUUUGCUGAGCCCGCCAUCCUCCAAUUCCAGCUUUGCUUGACAGCAACUCUGGGCGCAAUGCUUUGGUGUGCCGGGUGAUGUGAUGAAAGAAAACAAAUGGGUGCUGUCCAUGAGUUUUAUUAGCCACAGGCCGUGACAACAGAGGCAGCGUGAUAAAAGAAUAAAACAACAAGGGCAGGGACCCAAAUCUGUGUGGAAAGACACAAGACAAGAACUAUCCAUCAAAGAAAAAGCCUGGUUUUCAUCUGAUGAAACAGAAUAGCAAGCCAAAGAUAAUAUGAGAACAUGAAGACUUAACCAAUGAAAAACCACAGAGGUCCCAACUUAAAAGGGGAAAAAAAACCCCUCUUGAUUUUUUAUUUUAUUUUUUGUGGGGACGGUCUAAAUGACUUUGGGAUCUGCUGCUUGUACAUAUAUGUCUCAUUUCUACAGUUUUACACUAAAGUGGUACUUCGGGUUAAGAACUUAAUUCAUUCCAGAGGUCCGUUCUUAACCUGGAACUGUUCUUAACCUGAAGCACCACUUUAGCUAACGGGGCCUUCUGCUGCUGCCGUGUGAUUUCUUGUUCUCAUCCUGAAGCAAAGUUCUUAACCCGAGGUAAUAUUUCUGGGUUAGUGGCGUCUGUAACCCGAAGCAUCUGUAACCCGAGGUACCACUGUACCUGUACUGGUCACUCAAAUCUCUUGUCAGGAGAAAGAUAAUUUCACAAAGCCCACAAGUGUUAGUAGCUGUGGCCUAUGCUAUUUUUCUAGAAAAUGAGGUGCCUGAACUCACCAUGAACACCUCCCUCAUUCUCUUAGAAUGGCAAUGGUGCCACCUGAGAGGAGUCGGAACUGAGUUCCGGCUGAAAAAAGCCCUGGCCAUAGGCAAUUUCAACACGAGUGGAAAGGGAAUGGCACCAGCCGUUCCUAGAAUAUGUCCCAGGAAACCAGCUGGUGCAAAUACAACCUCAAAGUGGGGAAUAAGCCAGCAAUUCCCUUUAUUGUGAAUGCCAUUUUAUUUUGCAGAGCCAAACAAACACACCUCCUUUUGGAUCUCUUCCUGAUCAUGGGAUGGGAGUAAUUGAUUUCUUUUUAUGUUUUAAUGGAUUUUUUCCAUUGUUGCUUUUGGAAAAUCUGGACCCUUGGUAAUACAACUAGAUGUGAUUUGUUUUGACAACCACAUUUUCUUAUCUUCUUUUACCGUUUGUUUUUUGUCUGGACACUUAAUAGUUAUUUCAUCAUGUGUGCAGCAGCACCAACUUAGCAUUGCUGAUUUACAAUAAACUGUUAAUCUUAUUUCUGUGACUGAGCUGGGUGGUGUGAGAAAGGGGGCAUGCAAGACUCAGGCUCUCACGGGUUGCCAGCUUCGGCCAUUGUUACUUGUUCCACAGGCUGUGUACCAAAAUAAGGUCCGAGUUCCUCCCCUGGGGGUAAGUGCAUUGUGACAUGCCACCCCAGGCACACUUACACAGGGUUCAUGUUUCCUUUUGGGAAUGGGCACAGUGGAGACCGUGGUGUCUUUAUCACAUAUGGUUGAUUUACACAUAUAUACAACCUGAACCUACGAUGGAGGGGUUCACAGCAUCAGCACCCCAAGAGGGUCUUGCUUCUCCCAUAGCUGCAGCCUUGGAUUCAGGCAGACCUCCACCACUGCUCUCAAACAUUGCUCUGCCUCUCCUAUUCGCUGCUUUGUUUCUUGGUCACAAAACUCCUAUCUCUAGCUCACAUAGCUCCCCACUCUCCAAACCCUGGCUUUAUCUGUUGAGGGAGGGGCCUCAACUAUUUGCUGUCCCACACAAAGUCUCUUUGUGCUUUGUCUUAAUGGCUUGUCAACCUGAAGGCUAGCCUGGCUUAAUUAACACUUUUAACACUUGCUAAAUUGAGGGAUUAAUCCAGUAUCACUCAGUUUAACACCCAAGGGUUUGAUUAGAUUUUAACACUUUGCUGAAUCCAGGGCUUAUAGUGGUCUAGCAAUUUCCUGGAAUCAGAAGCCUUUGAUUAAAUUCUAACACUUACUGGUUCCAGGAAUUUAGAAGUGCACACACACAAUUAAGUGCACACACACAAUUAAUUGCAGCGCCACAGUGCCAAAUAAUGACAAUACACUGAGAGAUGCUUGUUUUUAAGUUAAAUGCAGCUGGGAAAGAAGGAUCAUAAGCUACUCAGAUAACUUUUGUUAUUGGGCACAGCAUAAAUAUUGAACAUAGAUGAAAACAUGGCUUACAGCUUGGGAAGGGACAUGAUCCAUUACUGCCUCCUGCUGAUAAGGCUAAUAGUUGCUUCAUCAGGACUGUGGCGGCUGAAACGGCCGAACCCUCCUCCACAUCCACCAGAAUCCUAAUCCUGCUUCCUACCACCUCACAGCAGUCACUUAAACUUUGUGUGUAUGUUUACUGCAUUCUUGCAAUUAACCUCAUGUUUAGUUUGGCCUUCUCCUGGGAAUUGGGCCUAGUCCCAUUGCAUUCAGGCAGCCACAUCUCUACCUGCCCCACACCUGAUGUAGGGUUGGGGCAGGAGGGCAUGCUUUGGGUAAAAGACUUUGUGGGCCAAAUUUGAACCCCUGGCAGGCCAGGUUUGGCCCACAGGCUGGAGUUUCCCCACCCCUGUCCUCAUGAGAAGACAUUGCUGGACUGAGCAUCUGCUCACAGUCCUUCUGUACAGGGGUUACUGUGUCUAGAAACUGCUUGCUUGCUUGAACUAAUAAUUCUCCUUGCCUCUCGCUCCCAUCCCGUCUGGCUUGCUCCCACAUGACUUUUGGGCUUUGGUCCUGUUGCCACCUGAGAUGCUGAUUGCCAGUGAGUUCUGAUCUAAGCAGAAAUUCAGCAGGUGCAGCCUUUCCUGGCAUAGAGAUAGGACGAUACUUAUUUAUAAAAUAGUUAUCUAUAAAACUGACUGAGCAACUGCUGUGCAGAUAGAACAGGGCCCAAACUGGGUGCAAUCUCCUUGGCUAACUUUCUGGAGAUGGGCCAGCAGGAAAUGUACCCGUCUGAGUCCAUGCUUCACUGUACACCCAGUUGUGUGUGGUAUCAGUAGAUGUCAGAAGCACAGGAAGGCAACAUCCCUAACCUCUGACAUUUCAAAGAAGUUUUCAGAACUUCUGCUGCUUAUGGUUUUUAAUCUGCAUUAAUUGCAGAGGAGUUCUGCUUAUCCAAGAGGUCUUUGCUUUGAUAUAGGAGAUCCAUUUGAUAACCUGAGGAUAAGCAAAUAAUAUUGCUUAAGAAACUUUGGUGAAAGGGAAAACCACUUCUGGUGAAAUUUGUCCAGAACUGAAACAGACUUUAGUUACCCAUUGGAAGAUUCAAAGCAGUUUUCCCUUUGUUUUGAGAGGAUGAGCCUGCAAGAACCUCCCUUAGUCUGGCACAACCAUAAAAUAUAUCCAAAAAAAGGCAGAAGAAACUGCUAUUCUUGCAUGCUAAAACCUUGCAUACCAAAAAGUAUAUUUUCUUCGAAAUUUCGAAAGCAACUAGUGUGCUUGCAUUUAUUUCUAGGCUCAGGGACUCCCAGAAUACAGAGUAUUUUUUCUCAUAUUGGGGGUGGGGUGUUCCGUUUGCAUCCACUCUCAGUCUGCAUUUCUAAUGAGAGUAUCCUUACUCAAGAGACACCUCGGUCAAAAGAGAGCAUGGGGACUUAGCCACCCUUUGGCCUGUGAAAAAGGCUUUUCCCAGGUCAAGUAAAUACAUUUCUUGGAACUACUGAUUAUGGAAAUAGCCUUAGCAUCUGUUGACGUCCUCCAAAGAGAUGGAUGAGUAAGAUUUUGACUCCAGGGUCCAAAAAGCCAAGAACAUAACGGUCAGUCUUCAGAACUCUUGAGAUUUCCUGCCUAUGGAGAAAGGAAAAGAAAGAGAAAAACGGAAAGAAAGGAAAAGGAAAGGAAAGAACACUGUGCAGGGACGGCCUUUUAAUAAGGCAAUAGAAAGCAGUCCACUUUGGGCUUUGUGGAUUGUGCACAACAUAGCCAUUGCCACUGGAGAAGUGAGGAGAAGUGAUGUGGUGGCUUUCAGUGAGAUAUCGCAAGAGCCCUGCAAAAUCUCCUGGACUGCUCACGAGGUCUCACCCAAAGCCACAGCCAUGUGAAACAAGGCUUUGGCGUGGAGGUGGGGGCCGGGCACAGAUGAUGGCACUUUCAUAUUUUGCAUCAGGUGGCAAAGCAGGCCAGGCAGCCCCUGACACUGUGUCAUUUGAUAUACUUUAAAAUUAAUGAGGCUUUCAAAUUACUUGCGCCACCAAUACAGGAUACAGCUGCUUACAUCCCCUUCCUCAUUCUCCCACUGGUUCCCUUGCCCACCCUCAUCCAUUGUCUGAGCUCUAUAGAUCGCAGAAUCAUUGUGGUGCCGUGUCUAGUGUGCUUUUCACAAACCAGGGAGAUAUGGGUUUCAUUCCUGUUUUCUAUGGAGCUCACUGGGGAAGUUUGGCUCAGUCAUAGCCUCUCUCCAUCUGCUGCAUAGGGCUGUUGUGAGGAUAAAUAGGGAAGCCUCCAUGGGCAUCCUGCACUCCUUGUAGGAAUAAAAGAAGAGCCCAGCUCAGUGGUACCAAAAGCCCAUCUCACUGAAAGCAGCCCUGUUUAUGGAAGCUUUUAAUGUUUAACAGACCACUGUAUUUUAACAUUUUGUUGGAAGCCGCCCAGAGUGGCUGGGGAAACCAAGCCAGAUGGGCGGGUAUAAAUAAUAAUAAUAAUAAUAAUAAUAAUAAUAAUAGUUAAUAUAGUAUCUUGUAUCCUGCAGUGACCAACCAGAUGCCUUUGGGAAGCCUGCAAGCGUGACAUGGGGUGCUCAGGCUCCCCAGGAACUGGCAUUCAGAGAUAGCCUGGAAAUAGUAUAAAGCCACCAUGAUUAGUUGCUAUAACUAUCAAUAGCCUUUGUUGUUGUUGUUGUUGUUGCUGCUGCUGCUCCAGGAAUCUAUCUAAUCCCCUUUUAAAGCUGUUGACGUGUGUGGCCAUCAUGACAUCUUGCUGUAGCGAGUGGCAUGGUUUACUUACAGUAUGUGCUGUGAGAAGAAAUUUCUUUCUUUUGUUGUCCUGAAUCUCCCAACAUUCAGCUUUAAUGGUGAAGUAUAUAUAUAUAUAUAUAUAUAUAUAUAUAUAUAUAUAUAUAUGAAUGAUUGCAAAAAAAACAUUGUGGAAAAUAACUUCCCACCACCACAAGUAGUAAUUGUUAGUACCUGUCCGUCUCGAGAGACAAUGGAGGGCACCUCCAGGAGUGAGGUCAAACCGCUGCAAUAGCAACACCCAAGUGGCGCAAGCCUGAGCAGUGUGUAUGGGGGUCCUAGGCUGCCCAGACAACAAGACCCCCCUCUCAGCCUUACUGAUGUGGCUGAAAGGAAAGCAGAGCGAUAUAUUUGGCACCAGCUUAGCUGCAGGCGUUGCUGGAAGGAGGCGUACAAGGUGUCAUCCACCAGCCUUAGGGACUCCACUAUGAAUUUGUGUAGGGUUUACUCCUUAGCCUUUUUUCCCUCAUGUAGAUAUUCCACAGGGCAGUGGAGGUUUAGGAUCAGAGUAUUCCUUCUCCUAGAUGGGCUACCUUCCCAAGUGGAUGAGCCCCACCUGCCCCUCACUUCCCUCUACAGCAUGUGCAGAAACCACCUUCUACUUCUAGGUAGUGGUAGGAGGGAAAUGUAAGGGUGCUGAGAGUAGUUAGGAGACCCCUCUCACCAUGCUACAAUUUCCAGCACCCUUACAAAACUGCACUUCCCAGGACUCUUUGAGAGCCAGUGUGGUGUAGGGGUUAAGAGCGGUAGACUCGUAAUCUGGUGAACUGGGUUCGCUUCCCCGCUCCUCCACAUGCAGCUGCUGGGUGACCUUGGGCUAGUCCCACUUCUCUGAAGUCUCUCAGCCCCACUCACCUCACAGAGUGUUUGUUGUGGGGGAGGAAGGGAAAGGAGAAUGUUAGGGUAGUGAUAAAGUGGGAUAUCAAGUCCAAACUCCUCUUCUUCUUCCAAAACUCUUCUUUGGGGGAAGAUACAACUAUUAAAAUGGAAAAAGAAUCUUUUGAAGGCAUGGUGUGAAUGUGGCCAGUAGACUGGAUGAUACCCAGGAUAAAAGGGGAGAUGUCUAUGCAAUCAGAAUAAGGUGAGGAGGAAUGGUUUAAAGUCACUUCAACUGAGGGCUCAUCCACACUUCCCCUUGCCCUAUGCCCAGACAGCACGGAUCCAAGAGAUUUCCCGCUUGUCCUGUGCUUUCUAGGCACAGGUCAGAGUGGUUUUCCAUUUGCCCUGUCACUUUCCCUGGGAAAAUCUGCUCUUUGCCACUGAAUCGAACAAAUGUAGAAGCAACUUGAAGAACUACCUCUCAUAGGUUAUGACAAAUGUACUCAACUGUCUCAGACUAGCAUUUAUUGAAUACAAUGGCAGCUACACUUACAUAUAUAUUUUUUCAUAUAUCUCUCCCUCCAGAGCCAAGGAGAUCAAGACGAAGUUGGGCACACUGCUCCAGAAGCCUGACUCGGCUAUUGACUUGAUUAUCCCUUACCCAGAGAAGCCGGAAAAGCCAGCAAAGGUCCAGAAGUAAGGAUAUAAUAAUUGGUCCACUCUAUGACCCUGUUUUCUACUGUUUUUGUUUUUCCAUUUUGCUGAAGGCCAUUUUCUAGCAAUGUUACUUUUGAAAGUGUGGUUGGGUGAACUUUUGCAAAACAUUUGAAGCUUAUUACUCAUUAUAAUACCCUUGUCAGCCUCUUUGAACUCUCAGAAAGGUGGGGCCAAAGUAAUGAGGUAGUGGGGAAGUCAGAGGGUAGUGCCUAGGAAGUCAGAGGAAAGUGUAUAGACCUUCUUCGUAUCAUGUUUAGUCUGCUUGCAGAGCAUUCCCCUCUUUCUACCCUUCUUACAAUGAACAGACCACACAGUGUUAAGUAAGUUUAAAAAGUUAUACUUACAAAAUGUUCCAAAGGUCAGAUUCAUGCAUUUAUCCAAGCAGCAGCAAGGAGAACACAGGCAGAAUACCCUUGGAAAAUACAGAAUGACAGCUUCAAACACAUUCUCUAAGCUUGGAGCAAAGCUUAGACAUGUCUUCCUUGGUUAGUUACAUAUUGCAGAAAGGGAACAGGAACAGAAGGCUUCACGUCCUCCCUCUUCAGCAAAGAGGAAGUAUGAUCUAGCUGAGUCUAGGAAUCUAACUCUGUGGUGUUAACCCCUUCAUGUACUAACUAGCAUCUUGCAUAGCUAUGUUUGACAGCAAUUUCCCAAAGUGUGCCUAAUUUCAUGAGGAUGAGUGCAGCCUGAAGGGAUAGGUGGAGGGCAGGAGAGGGAAAAACAGGGAGAUAGCCAAAAUUGACAAAGUGAUGGAACCGGUAGCAAGCCUGGGGAGAAGCUCUCUAGAAGCUUCUGGCACCAGUGAAUUCGUCUUUGCCAGCAGGCUGAUGAACAAGGAGGGAAAGAGAAAGAAAAGUGGGUGGCAGAAAGACCAGGGAGAAACGGAGAAAGAGAAAAGGCUACUUUGGUCUCUUUGCUACCCAGCACUGGCUUCCUACCCUUUCUAUAGAGCCAGGCCCAGGGCAUUAAGAUCUAAGCCAGUGGGACAAAUCCAGUUGAAGCUCAGGCCCAGCAAGGGUUUUAAUCUGGAGUUUUCUGGUCUAAAUCCACCAUUUCAGCCAUAAUGGUACGCUGACUCUUACCUCCCUCUCACUACCACAUAUAGUGGGAAAGGCAGUUCAGAAAGUAACAACACACAUUUUCACUUCACUUACGACAGUGGGUUUGUCUGUCUGUUUAAAGCAGUUAUAGGCCACCUUUCCAAAGUUCUCUCAAGGUGGAGUUCAGCUGAAACAAUAUAAUGUUAAAUUUUUAAAAUGACAAAAUCCAAAGGUAAGCAACACUUUAAAAUAAAACGAGUCAACAUCAAAUAGCACAAACCACAGCAGCCAGUUAGCAGUGCAUCCAGUGAAAGCACAUGACUUAAAAGUCACUUGGAGCAAAUAGAUCUUCAAAGCAUUUUGCAACAACAAGACUGAAGGGGUCAAGCCAACUAUAUACCCCUUGAGAGGGAAUUCCAGAGUCGAGCCACCACUGAAAAGUCCCUGUCCUUCAACCAAUCUUAGGCAGGCCAACAGUCUGGGUCUCCCGUGCCGAACUGAAGGCACAGGCAGGUUUGUACAGGUGUAAAGCUGUAAACGUGGUCUUUCAGAACACAACUCCAUCCAGGAUCAACUGAAGACUUAGUACCUCUUUCUUCAUCUUAGUUGCCCUUCCAUCCCAAAACGUCCUCUAGACACCUGUCUGGGAGUUCCACAGCCUUCCUGGGAUUUAUAGGUGGAAAACAGAGGUAGAGCAGUCUGUCACCAGAAUCCUGAUGACACUGCACAUUAAUACAGGCAUUAACAGAGCUUAGAAAUAAGUGUUUAAACAGGAAAUUAAAUGCCCCUGUGAUAUAUGAGGGAAUUAAACUUCAGUUUACAAAAGGGGAAAUAAAAUCAGCUUGAAAGUUGAUCCCAUGGCUUUCACAGCUUGUCAAAGGGCUGUGAGUCGAUAUAUUGAUUGCCUGUCAGUUAAUAAAACUUCAGAUGUAUAUUAGCAGGUUUAGAAGAAUAAGAGUUUUAUAGGAAGUGUGCAAGGAAAAACCAUAGUUAAUGGUAUCAACUGCUGGGAGGCAUCUUGGUGGAUGGCUCCAUUUAUGUUUGCCUUGGAUCCCUGUGGGCACUACUGCCUGCUGAUCCACAGCAUUAAUCACUGUCAGUUUUAUCUGAAGGAAAACAGUCUCCCAUCUGUACUGAAGAUAAAUCAGUUCCAGGAAUUGGAACAAAAUGAACCCCAGUAGCAUCUGCUUUUGUUACGGAGAAGGGUGGCCUCAGUGGGAGAAGGGAAACUACUGUAUAUUGGCUUUUUGGCCCUGAAUCUGUUUCCAAUUACUUCUAACGAAGGUUCUGCAGAUAGACUGAUCUGAAGAUUGCAUUGUGAUCUGCAUGGCUGUUAUUGGCCUAGUUUGAACAAUCAUUACAGACAGAAAUUAGAUAGAUUGUGCACUUUUCCUUUUCAAAGACAUUAAGAACAAAUUAGGCGAUGUGCUUCAUCUUGUCCUGAUAAUGGAAACAGCAGUCUCAUCUUGUCAGCCAGCGGCUCUUCUGAGUUUCUGGAAGGAGGAAAGCAUUCUGUUUUCUAUUAUUCCUACUGGAAUAAAAGUUUGCUUAUUUUUACUAUUUGCUAUUUUUAAUUUUUGAUUUUGUGAAUCAUGCAGAAACCCCCCCCCCAUUAAUUACUGCCAAAGUAGAUGCAUGCUUAAAUACACAGACACAGACAGGCAGCUGCAUAGCUUGUUUUUCUGUAGCUGUCCGGGGAGCCUGAUUCUCACUGUGAAGGCAGCGCGUGGGAAGCAGAAGCUUAUCUCUCCAGAUCAGAAUGGAGCCUUAGGGUGCUUCCAGAUGGAGGUCUAUUGUGGAAUCAGUACUGCCCCUAUGCAGCAUUCACACAACAUCAAAAUGUCAACUUAUACUUUUUUUUACAUUUUAUUUGGAUUUCUUCUUACUGUGAAAAACCAGUUAGAUAAAAAUCACCCAUCAUUUCUCUGCAGUCACUGCUAGUGUGUGGAAGCUGCAUUUUAGGGGUUGGCAAUUUGGUGUGUGUGUGUGUGUGUGUGUGUGAGAGAGAGAGAGAGAGAGAGAGAGAGAGAGAGAGGGAAGAUUUAUCAGUGGAUGGUCCCUGCUAUCAUACAUUGGCAGCUGGUGCCCAUGGAGCCUGGCAGGGGUGCUAAGAAGUCUUGCCCAGUUGUUCUGGUUUUCUUCCCAGCCUUCUUGCUUGCAAAGACGUGGUGAAUACUUAAGCACUGCAGUUGUCCUAAGACUAGGGCUUAGCCACACUUAGCCUUUGCUCUUCUCUUUCCAGGCAGAGGUCCACUCUUUAGAGCUCUGUGUCUGAGCAUGGGGGGUUUUUGUUUGUUUUUGUUUGCCCCAGAGCUUUCCUCUUUAAAACCAGCUCUUUGUUGAUUCUGAUUUAUCAUCAAAGAGUGGGUUUUCCAGGGAAAAGCAGCAGGGGCAUAAAGUGUGGGUGAACCCACAGUUGCUUUUCUGCUGGGAGUUGCGUACCUCUGUCUUUCCUCAUACUCUCCCUAUGCAAUUUUUUUUGAAGUUUUAUUAAUAUAUAACACCUAACCCUAAAUUCCGUGGUUCAGAAUUGCUGUCAUAAUUUCUAGUGUGGGUUCAUGCCAAAGAACCCACAUUAUUCAGAAGUAAGACCCACUGAAUUCUACUGGGAAUGCCCUCAGACAAGUAUUAUAUAGGAUUGCAGUCUGAAUUGGUAAGUCUUAACCAACAGUCCCACAGGGCUGUUUCCAAGGGCCCUCAUGACUUUACACUGCAAUCAAAUAAACAGUUAAGACCAGGAUUUCACCAUCUCAAGCCUUGGGGGAAGCAUGUGCUUUCUGAAGGAAAAAUCAAAAGGCACAUUCACCUGAAUCUUCUUUGGGGUUGGGUGGAUGGAGUGCUUCACUUCAUGCAAUCUCAUUGCCACCCACAUGCAGGGUCCUUCAACCAGCUCUUGUCUCCACCAGUUGGCAUGCAAUGCCCAACUGCCUUCUCAAGCUGAAUGUGAAGGGUGCUCUGCAUAAAAGCUACCUGCCAUUUUCUUUGGCUGCUGCCUCAACUCCUGAAUGUGUCCUUCAGUGUGAGUGGGGGCUGCAGUGGUCUGCACAGGCCCAACAGAUGCUUCCCUCUUUUCCCAGUGGGAUGUUGACAGAGAUUGUUAUGGAGUGCCCUGCUUGAAGUCUGGGCGAGAGCUGUGGAUGGACAUGUGUGAAAUUUGCAAACUCUCUUGCUCUGGAGAAGCAUAGAGACAUCUGUACAAACAGGAGUUGUGUUCCCUCUCCCUCCCACUUCUUCCACUCCUGAAAUUAGGCUACUUUCACUCCAAAUAGCCAUGAUUUCCUCUGCCCUCCUCCACACACCGGACAAUGCUGUUUAUCUUUUUAAAGAAAUAUCUUUUUCAAGCAUCUUGCAAGUUUAUGCAUCUUGGUGUUUCUUUGCUACCUUUAUAUAGAAAAAAAUACACACUUCAUUUUUUAAAAAAAACCUGAAAAGUGAAUGUGAGGAGGUGCCUUUAUGAGCUCAAUCCUACAGGGAAAUGUGUGUAUCUGACCAAACCAGGGAUAAUGCAGCUUGAUUACAUCUGUGUCCACCCUGGUGGGAGGCCUAACAGUAUUUACCUUUAUACAAUUAAGAGUGCUUUACAAAUAUACUACUAUGCUGACUAUGAGGUGGUUGCCAACUGAAGCUGAGAGAGACAGGAAAAAGCAGGGAGGAGAGAGAAUGUAACUGACUGACUUAUUUGCCCAGGCUACACAUUUAAUCCAUGGCAGAAGUGGCAACCCAGAACUCAUAUUUAUUUGGUCUGGAAUUCCCAGAUCCAUGUCCAGCCUCCAGCUCUCCAUUCAUGGACCAACCACACUGGUGGUUGUUUGCCUUGGAAUACUCUAGAUAUGCAUCACCUCUCAGAACCAGGCAGGUUUAUGCCACAGUGGCCUCGCUCCUCUUCUUCUCCCUCCCUCUUGAGUGAUGUUGCCAGCUUGCACCCCCCACACCCCAUACAUGGCCGAUGUUGCUUUUGUCUUAAACUAAUCACUGAGGGCUUGUCCACACUUCCGCUUGUCCGGUGCCCAGAAAGCACAGAUUUGAUCGGUUUUCCCUUUGCCGGGGAAAACCUGCUCUUUAGCUUUAAAUCAGAACAAACACAAUAUUUGCUCCAAUUGAGCGCUAAAGUGUGGUUUUCUCCAGGGGAAAGCAGUGAGACAAUAAGAAGUGUCGAUAAACUCUUAAUUUCAAGCCCUGAAGGGUAAAAUCAGAUCGUUAUUAUCUAUGAAGAGUAAAAUCAGAUCAUUAUUAUCCAUUUCAUUGCUGUGAGAACCCUCUGGCAUGUAUUGCCUGAGACAAAGGGGGUCAUUGACUACAUCCCUUAGGAGGGCGUGGGAACUGAUGUUGGAUCUCUGGGAGGAACAGAAGCAGACCCCAAAGCCACAGCCAGAGCAGGGGAAAGAGUUCAGCCUUCAGAGAACUUUUGAGAAUGAAUGAAUGAAUACUCAAGGGAUACGGAUGGAGAUGGAUCAUUCCCCACUCUGCUCCCGGCUGUUUCUGCCUAGUUCCACACAAAAUAAACUGGGGAUGUUAAAAAUGGAACAUUGGAAGCAAUGUAGGAGCCCUUCAAGGCAUCAGGGAAGAACUGUGUGUUAUACUCAAGACAGGACUAUGGCCCAAUACUGCUACCCAUGUAGAAUUCCUUCUCCCUCGCUCAUAGAAUGUGGGAUCAUAAAGCGCCUUUCCCCAAGCCUCACUCCAGCACACUGUCUGCCACGAGAGGGAAAAUGUAUGGUGUGAUUGUCAUGGUUUUGCUCCAUAACGAUCCAGAGCAAGUCACAACAAUAGUUAGCAGAGUAAGAAUGUUUAAACUCGAUGCAGGAUUCCAAAAAAGAUUCAGACACAAUCAGCUCCAUCCAGUAUUAUUUACUGAAGGCAAAUGAGCAUAACAGUCACAAAUCAAGUUGCAGCAAAACCUUAACUUAUACUUACAAUAAGCAUAGCUGUCAACGUUUCCCAUUUUUAAAGGGAAAUUCCCUUAUUCUGAAUAGGAUUCCUCACAAGAAAAGGGAAAAGUUGACAGCUAUGACAAUGACACUAAAAACUUAGCACUUAAAUAUGCUAUACUGUAUACAGAUUACCACCAAGGAACAAAGUAGAGAGAACCAAGAAGGAAAAAGAGAAAGUGAAACCAGGUUCUUUUGUUCUUAUAGGCAGAAUGACCUUGGGAGAGAAAGAGAACAGGACCAGUUUAAAGCAGCUUAAUUUAGGGUUGCCAUAUUUCAAACUGUGAAAAUCUGGAUGGAAAGUUAAGCUUUGUUUUUGGUUGUUGAGCUUUUCGGGCAAAUUCACAAAAAAAGAAGUCUUUGAGCUAUUUUUAAGGAAGAUCGCCAAAAACACUGCUGACAUGCCAUACGUCCGGAUUUUCCUGGACCUUUUAGCAAUUUCUGCCUGGACACUGCUUCUGACUGCAGUACUCCAGAUAUGUCCAGGAAAGUCAGGACGUAUGGCAGCCAGUGGUGGGAAUCUGUAGGACUCCAUUGUCCCUGUUGGCCAUGCUGGCUGAGAUGGAUGGGAGUUGGUACCUCAUGUUUGCAGCAUCACUCAAACCUGGAGCCUGAGGAAGUAUGGAGUCUGUGCACCCAUAGGCUUUACCUAAUUCCAAAUCUCAUUCCCCAGGUCUGUUUUUUACAUACGUAAACAAACAAACAAACAAACAAACAAACAAACAAGAGAACGGAGAUGUUAGCCCAGAUCUCCAUUGUCUCAUCUAGUUGAACCAUGAGCUACAAACCAAUAAGUCCUUAGUUUGACUCUCCCUUCAGGCAUAAACUCAGUUGCUGAACUUAUGCGAGUCACUACUCAUCUUGCGCAUCAAUCUGCUCAUAUAUCAUAUAAGGAUGAUAACAUCAAUCUUCCUUCCAGGGCUGUAGUUAAAUUAUGUGUGUGAAGUGCUUUGAACAAGAAUAAAGUCAAAAUGCUAAGUGAUUAUUCUCAAUCCUUCUCCACUGUGAUGCCUUCAAACACCGACAAAUUCUUUCUGCGAUAUUUUACCAGUGACUGUUUUCACUGACUUUAAUGGGUGUGCCUAAAUAUCUCCCCCUCUCAUCUUUUCAGACCAUCACCAGAGGAGGCUUGGCUGUGGCGCAACUCUCUGGAGAAACUCCUGCAAAAUCCAUGUGAGUUUGCUGUGGGAUCUCCCACUACUGGGAGCACCUAUUCCAGCAAAGUUAGAGUCCUUGCAGGUUGUGAGUGUGAGCAGGUUAAAUCAUUCCUUGGGAAUGACAAGGUAGAAGUGCAAUCAUAAGUAUUUAAUAAUAAUGAAACUACACAAGGGCUUUGGAUGAAAACUGAAUGGUACUGUGCCACAAACUAGAGACACAGAGGAAUCCAGAUAUACAGGUAAUAAAGGUGUUGGUAGUAAGGCAAUAUGACAGAGGGGAAAACCCAGUAUGCUUCAAGCAAUUCAUAGGCAUGUGACAUUUGCAGAAGUUGAAUUGCAGCCACAGGUUAGUUAGAGCAAUUAGACUCUUAAGGACAUAGUGAUUUAAAUGCCAUUGUCUCCAUUCAUAAGGAGCACAACAAAUUCCUCCCUCUCCCAUAUAGCUAACCUUCAUGUGAACUGGGGCUUCUGAGUCUAAUAGUCCCUUAGUAUGGCUUGCUAGAAUCCUGCUACAUUAUCCUCCUCCAAAGACUACUUAUUAUUAUGUGAUAGAUUCAAACAAGAGAACUGGAAUAAGAAGUUGGGGUAGAAAUAGAUCGUUUUGAUAUAAUUUGUUUUGUUUUUUUUAAAAAAUAAUUUUUAUUCACAGGCCAAUCAAAUCACAUUACUUCCAAAUCACAUUAGUUCCAAAUUAUACAGCCAGAUUUUUAAAUUUUGGUGGGGGUACCCAUACCUCAAGCUCUGAACGGGAGUCCAAACAUCACUUAUAUUGCUGCUUUAAUUAAACAGUUCUAUCCAGUUCUUUCCAGAUAGUCUCUUUAUUACUUUCUUCAUCUUCUUGUUGUUAUCAUAUAUUCCUUUCUUUGCGAUCUCUGAUAGUCUUCACAAGCGGGUUGGAAACAGACAUCCUCUGUGUGGGUUUUACACUCUCCAAAGAUCAUAUCACUUAGGGACAGCCAUUCCACACUUCCAUAAAAAAUUUAUCUUCGGUCUGUCCUUUAAUUUUCUCAGGCUUGCCAAGUAUAUCAGGAGGGCUCUGUCAGGUUAAGAUCACAUUCCAAUCAUCAUUCACAUUCUGAUGAUCCUGAUCCCCCCCCCCUGUCUUUCUUAGACAAGCCUGUCUUAGUGAGACGCCAUUUAAAACUGUGUCAUAAAAUUUUCCUCCGUUCUCCGUUGUUUACCAGUCAUCUCUUUAAUCUAUAAUCCACUCCACACAGUUCUUGAAUUCCUGCUUGUGAUUAAUAAAAUGCAACAAUCUUCUUUCUGGGCUGGAGGGUUAUUAAUAUUCACAUAAGGCAAAGAAAAGUUACGUUUUUUCCUCCCCCCCCCUUCUGUUUCACUCCAAACAUACCAGUCUCUUAAUGGUGGUUCAUCACUUGAUUUAUUUGUCCCAUCCGUCGCUCCAGUCACAGAGAUCCAUUAAUCAGCAACCUUAUCUCCCGAACUUUGCUUGAUGUAUGUGCUUUAGCUUCUUUCCAAUUAUAUGUUUCCAAUUAUAUUUUCGAGCUAAAGCGAACCAGCACGCGCUGAUUGGAGACAGCGUCAGGAAGCACCGACCUCAUCGAGGGCUUGUGCCAAGUGACCGACACCCCCUUCUUUCGAAUCCGGGGGUGCGUUAUGGACACUGCUGGCAAGGCAGUCCCCCCCAUCUCCUUGGGGGGGCAGGAAGGCUGCAUACUUCCCAUAGCAGCCUCUUAAUUACCUCGUAUGGGUCGGAGAGAUGUUAUUGUCGGCCAUCUUCCAAUGCGCCACCUGGUGGCCCCCCGUUCUGAUAUAAUUUGUAGGUCCGAUGGAAGAAAAGCGAUACAGAUGUUGAAUAGAGGAAUCUGCAUUUUCCAUGUCGGAAGCCAAUGUUCUCUCUUAUUUGAAAGGAUUAUGGUGAAUCCAUUAUUUUAAAUGAUGACCUUUCCCCAAUUUUUCUUUGUGCAGACGGGCUUGCUAGCUUCAGGACCUUCCUCCAAUCUGAGUUCAGCGAGGAGAACAUUGAGUUCUGGAUUGCUUGUGAAGACUAUAAGAAAAUCAAGGUGCCUGCUAAAAUGGCUGAAAAGGCCAAGAAGAUCUAUGAGGAAUUUAUCCAAAGUGAGGCUCCCAAAGAGGUCAGUUAUUUGCAUUGAAAGGAGUUCAUAAAUUUGCUGUAUGCUAAGAGUUGUCUCUGGUGGAAUGAUCUUACGAUAUUAUCCCCCAAAUCACGAGACAAUUCUCUAAACUAUCCCCUGACUGUAUAUCAUAAUGAUUUGCUGUUGCAGUGACAGUUACAGCAUUGCUUCCCGGUCAUCAUGCAAUAUACUUGGGAACUCUACUUUUACACCUUUAAUUUUUUUAAAAAUUGAAUAUCUACCAUAAAUUAAAGUUGUAGUAGAACUUUGCUCUAAUUCAAAGCCUGCUAAUUUCAACAGGCUCUGCCAACAUUUUCAAAUUAAAAUUUGUAUCCUUUGAAAUUUUACAUCUGCCACAUACAGCCCACAACCAAAACUCAUGUACUUAUUCUAGGGAAGAGCCAAGAGCUCAAUGCUCGGGUCCAAUUCCUGGCAUCCUCUGCUAAAAGGAUCUCAUGUGGCAGGGUUCAGAAAAUGCUCCACCUGAAAGUCCAAAAGACUGACUCAGAAUGUGGUAGCUUCAUAACUGAUAUUUGUAGCAAAAAUUCACAAUCUACAUUGCAAAUAAAUUCAAAUAUUUAAUUAUUUUUGCAUUUGUGUUCUAGAUGUUCACUGCAUUAUGGCCCAGAUUAAUUUCUGAUAUUCCUGGUUUCAUGUUUGCCAUUGUUACAAACAUUUACCGUAUUUUUCGCUCUAUAACAUGCACCCGACCAUAAUACGCACGUAGAUUUUAGAGGAGGAAAAUCCAUAGGCAUGCCACCCAUAGGCAUUUCCUCCAUAACACGCACAGACAUUUCCCCUUACUUUCUAGGAGGAAAAAAGUGAGUGUUAUGGUGCAAAAAAAUAUGGUAUUUAUCUAUCUAUUUAUUUAUUUAUAAUUUGCACCCCACCCAUCUGACUAGUUUGCAUGGGAGAGGCAUGUUGGCAAUUCUGCCAUAAAUCCAAGUGCAAAACAUAUUUUUAGUAGCUCCCUUGCAUUAAAUAACACUGUGAAGGAACAGGAUUGGUUCAAUUUCCACAGAUAAUCACUUCCCCCCUCCUUCUUACCUAGGUGAACAUUGACCAUUUCACCAAAUCUGUGACCAUGAAGAACCUGGUGGAGCCAUCUGUGAGCACUUUUGACCUGGCCCAGAAGAGAAUCUUCAUGCUGAUGGAGAAGGAUUCUCUGCCCAGAUUUGUGCGUUCCAACAUAUAUCAGGAAUUAGUAAAGUAGCAACGUGGCAGAGCUGUGCGGGGAACUGCUACUCCCACCCCAAACAGCGCUGUUACUUCCUUACUCCUGUUAUCAGUAGCCAGCGUUUGCUAGUCAUCUGCGUAGUUGUUUUGCUUUAUAUAUACAGUAUAUAUAUAUUUCAAGCUUCUAGAGUUCAAAGGCUGUGUUGUUAAAAGUCUUGCUCACACUGUUUUGGUCUCUCUGCUGUUCCAGAUGAUUUCAUAUUACAAUUUCUGAAAUUUCUGUUCUUCUCCAUGAAUAUCACUGUUACGAAAAAAAGAAAGUAAAAGUAAUUAGAUGGGCACACCUACCUAAAAUACAGCAGAUGUCAACUGUUGAAACCUAUGCUACUUGUAUUUAUUAUCCCAUCACCUAUCCAUCGCAUGUCUGUGUCUAAUCAAAGAUAAGGAGGUUGUGGGGUCUUGAACUGGUGCAUUGGGACCCACUGGUGACUUGCAGCUGGACCUAUUGGUUGGUAGCAGCAGCAAUACCACCAUGAAAAUAUAUGGUGUGACAAUAAAAAGUGGGUCUCCAAUUGCCUGCUUGGGCUAAGGGUGGGUCCCUGGUCUGAAAAGGUUGAGGACUAUUACUAUAGAAAACAGGUUUUGACCUGCAUAGGUCAUCCUGUCAUUUGUAGUAGCCAUGAGGAUACAGCAGGACUCAGCUAUAUAAGGAAGAUAAGAAAGGAAAAGGCUGCGCAUCAGCCCACAAAAAUAACAUUCACUCUCUUGUGCCUUUUUACUUAUUUCUUUCACUGAGAUCAUAUUCACAUACUCCCACGUCAAAAGUUUGUUAUCCACUAGGUCAUUUUAUUACUGCAAUUUCAUCCAGGGAAUGUUAUUCAGAUAUAUUGUUAUCGGGUGAGAGCAGGCACUUAGCAUGCCUCAGUAAACCAAACAAGGAAUAUGACAGAAAAUUACAGCUCUUUGUCAAUUAAGGGAGCAUUCAAACACGCAUUUGCCACAUGAAACUGAUGGUAUAAAAACUCAUGAUUGCAAUAAUUAUCUAUAUGUUGACAUGGGGAUGUGGGAAUUAGGCAGGAAAGCCAAGAGGUUUGUCAAGCUUCUUGUGGGUGACAUGCAGCUUGGUGGAUCAUAAGUUACACCAAAGCCUGCUCUACUAUGAAGAAGGCUGAAGAGAAAGUGAUAGUUUUUUGGUCAGCAACUGGUGUCACUCCAGUAUGUUCUGCUGGAGUUGAGGGAAGGGAUGUGCAAUUAUAUCAUUUUCAAAAUACCCACCCCAAGUAGCAGUUACUAAAACACACUAAAACUCUUGGAAAUGGAGGCAAAGAGGUAAAUAAAUCUCACCGUUCCAGCCUAAACAGUGUGGCUUGUUUUUAGCAACCCAGGCCUCUUAUUUACUUCCAUUUCUAAGUUAGCUUUAGUGAGGUUAUAAUAACUGUAAUGGACCUACAUAAUUCCCAGUGUCAGUGCACAGCCCAUGCGCAGGAGCAUAUGUAAUGUUCCAGAAGUAUUCUUUUCUGAAUUGUGAUGAAAAUACCUGUAGCAAAGUCUUGUCUUUUCAUUCUCUCGGGGGCAGGCUUGCCAAAGCGGUAUUUCAGCCUAAACAUUUAACCUCAAAAUUAGUGUUACUUGUAUUCUAAUUAUAAGCUAUCUAGAUUUUUGCUUUCUGUGAACUGCAUGGAAAUAGAAAGGCAUCUGAACCCAAAUGAAGAGAAAAGGUAGCCGUGCUAAGCACCAUCUUGCAAUCCCAGCCUGUGGAUGCAUAGCUGGGCAGAUACCCUGAGUGAGUCAGCUAUACAGCAUGCGAGAACUACCCUAAAUCCAGCUUCCCAUCCCAGACACUGGCAGGGGCGAAACUAGGCUUUAUUUCACCUGGGUCAAAGACCCAGUUUCUCACACACACACACACACACACACACACACACACGCACACACACACACACAAACACACACAGGCUGGGAGCCUCAAUGGUGCCUCUGGAGGCUUCACCCAGGGCAAAAAAACCCAGCUAGCUCCCCCCCCCCCCCCCGCUCUGUGAACAGCUAUCUGUGCUAUUCAAAAUAUGUGAUCAGGGCUACAGGCAUAAGCACACACAUACGUUGGUGUGAAAUUAACAACAGACAUAUUGUGCCAACUUGCCUGGGUGUGCAAACACGCCUGUUUCAUAUAGUUUUUCCAUUGCCCAGACACAGGUAUUGAAAUAUUGCAAGCUUAUCCAUAACAUGUUUUCUUCCUUUAUCUGUUGAACUACUUCAAAUACAAGGAAAGUUUGAAUUUUUAAAGAAAAGAGUUAGAAUCAUAGAAUCAUAGAGUUGGAAUAGACCACAAGGGCCAUCAAGUCCAACCCCCUGCCAAGCAGGAAACAAUGUGAAUGUGCCUCUGAUUUUUUUUUCUUUGAAGGUUUCGCAAAUGAAAAUUAUUUGUUUAAUAGUUUUGUUAGAGUGAUUCCAGAGGGAUCUUUUUGUGGAGUAAGUGCUGCUCCUGCAAUGCAUGUUUUUUCACAGCAUCCACACAAUGCUGUUGACAUCAAAAUACCAUCUCAUUUCCCCCCGCAUUUAAUCCAGAUUCACCUUUUCCCACAUAAAACCCAUUUUUUAGAACCCCUUCUGCCACUGACCAGUUCAUGAUAUCGCUUCUCGGCCUUUUGCCUGAGAUCAAGUGUGUGUAGAUAUCUAGAGGACUCAUUUGCCCCUUAUUUGUUGAAAACUCUGAGAUCUGGGCAAUUGUCAAGAUGGGGGAAUUAAUCCUAAAUGCUAAAAAGAAAAAGAAAAAAGAAGGCACAAUAAAAAGCAGGCUGCCAAACCCUUUUAAGUUCAAGAUGAAAAGAAAAUAUAAAAUUUAGACAGCUCUAGCAGGAGGAUAGAUUGCUUUUCUGUGUAAAGAUUUGGUUCAUUACAUUAUUGUUGGUCAGACUCCACAGGACAGACCUAAUUGGGUCACUAAUAUUCUAUUUCAAGGUAAGGUUAGAACCAUUUCCCACUGAAUGUACAUGGCCACUCCACUACUUAAACCAGCCUUGGCCAAAGAAAAUAUCUUAUUACAGCUUGCCUGUCAUGAAGAAAGUCUUUGGUCUCACUCCAAUUUCAAGAUGUGCUGACAUCCUAUGAACAGAUGCUCAUUUCUAGCCAGCCCUAACUCCGUCUUUUUCCUGGUAGCAGUAAGUCACUAGUUAUGUCCCUUUACAGACAGGGUAGAACGUCCUGUGGGAUUAGGCACCAAUCCAAUCCUAUUAUUUCUAUACGGAUACAGAAGGGGGAAGCAAAGUAAUGACUGCAAUGUAUGAAGUGUGUAUAAGCAACCUUAAUAAACAGAGUUAUCCUUUCUAAGGGCUUGACUUAAAGUUUCAGGGUUUUAGCCCCAUUCACCAGGUCUUCUAGGCGAAAAGGCUAAAAUCUCGGAGUCAGGUAUAAGAACACGCUUUUUUUUUGGCCUUUUGUUCCACCCUCCAUAUGCAUCAGGCUCCAGGCACAGCCAGUCUCCACCUGCUGCCUCACCAAGUGCAGUCAUUCAACUUCAUCUGGCACCACUAGGCUUUGUGGCCACCAUGUUCCUUUCCUCUCACCUGCCAUGUCUGGAGUGUAAUUGUCUGAGGGUCAGGGCUGCCUGACCAUCAAGCCCAGCAAGGAUGGCUAACGGCCAGAGGUGCCAGAGGUUGUAGUUCAGCAACCUCUGGAGGGCCAAAGGUUUCCACACACCCGCUUUACAACCUAUUUCAUUACAAUGCACUUAAAUAGCUUUACAUAGACUACGAAUAAGUGCUGGACUAGAACCAGCAUUCCCAGUUUUCUUCAAUUUCUCAAUAAACAAAUUAUUUUCUUCAAAAUUAUAAAGACAUACGAUGCAGUCUUUAAAGAAAAAAAGUCAUCAUGAAAGGAAGUUCCAGGCAAUAACUAAUCUAAGUUGGUUAAAUAAUCUUAUUUUCCUGGGAAAUGAUAGGACAAUGAGUGAUUAAUCAACCUUGGUUUUAGCCCAUGCUUUGAUGCGAUCCAUCAGUGGCGAUCCCUGAUGUUACAUGCACUUGUUUGUGGGGAACUAUGUGGGAAAGGCUGACUAAUCCCCAGGGACCAUUUUUGGGAACACACAUUUCCUUGAGAUGCUGAUAACAGAACAAGCUGUCAAGAUUCCUCUCCCCCUAGGGGCAGAUUUUCCAGCCCAUGAUGUAUGAGGCAGCCUGCUGAACCUGUUCUGUUUCUCUCCCUCUGAAAUUAUAAAGAGCUUGUCAACAUGUUUAAACUAGCAGCCUCCUCUCUUGGGUCCUGGAAAGAGAGCUUAACAAGACAGCAUGUGACAUACAAUGAAAUAAACAAAGGCUUGACAAACCUGUUUUCAGAAGAGUAAGAAAAAUAACUUCUAAAAAUUGUUUCCAUGCUGAAAAUAUAAAAAUAUAGCACAUGGCUGAAGGGUCAGGCUUCCCAGGAGAAAGAAAACAAAUCAAUUUGUUUUUAUUGUUUAGCCUCAGGCAAACAUCUAAAGAACCAUUACAGCGUGAGAAUGGGGAUUUUAUGCUCCCCCCCCCCGAUUUCUCAGUAUAGACCUGGUUCACACAUCAAUUUAAGCCAUAAUUAAAAACAAAUUAUGGUCUGUGAACAAGCAGCAUGCUUGCACACACUACUGAAAACUUCUUAUUGUACUCCUCUGCUUCUCUCUCCUUGCUGGGAAAGAAGCAAGAGAUUAAGUUGUCAUGUUUCUCUUGCAACAAACCAUGUGCAUUAGCCAAGGUUUGCUCUUGGCUUACUGCUCAUGGUUUGUUUAGAUGAAACAAACCAUAAGCAUUAGGGAGCAAUUUUAUCAGGAUUGCAGUGCAUUCUGGGUGACUUGGAGAAUACCUGAAUCAGUUGUGGUAUGGCGGAUUCUGUGCAAGUUCCCACACCCCUGUCACUUUCCCGUCCCAAGCAGAAAACAGUGAUUUCAGAAUUGGAUCAGGGAUGGUUGAGCCCAGUAGCUUCAUCAAAGGAAGAAUUUAGUCAGUCUGUGAUAGAGAAGCACUUAGAGCCCAAUGGAUGCUCAAGGCAAGUGCUUCUCAACAUCAUCAAAACGUGUCUUGUAAGAUGCCUCUAAAUGAUCCAAUAUUUUAAAAAAUUAUUAUGACAUCUUCAUCUUGUCCCUCUUUGAGUCCAUAUUACCCUCCCAAAUCCUCCCAAAUAAGUGUUGUCUCCCAAAUAUUUGUGGGGCAGAUUAGGCUGAAAAAGAGUUUCUGGUCCAAGGCUGCCAGGUGAGUUCACCGGUUGACUGGUUUCCAGAAUCCACAGCCCAAUAAGGAAUGUGACAAGAAAAUGCCUUGGAAAGCAUGAAAGAACAAUUGCUUGACAAAACAUUGUAUAACCUUCGCACAAGCAAAUCAAAAUGAAUGUUCAGAAAACAGAUUGUGUCAUCUAACCUCCCUACAAACUUUAUUCAAACAAAUCAGGUUGAAUGCUCAGGUAGUCUGGAAGCGACCUCAGAUUCAAGGCCUCAGACCUGAACCUAUAAUCUUGUGAAAUCAAUGAAGACCCUCAAGAUGCUUUCUUUGUGAAAUGGCAGGCCAUCUGUUUCUCUAAACAUCUAUAGGUGUUAAAUGUAAAGAAAAACAUUUGCCUAAUGAUCAGUUAUGUAGAAUGUCAUCAGGUGACCCAUUCUCUUUCUAGCACCUGGGUUUUCCAUAUUCAAUACCAACCAUGCUUUAGUUUUAGCUUUUAAAAAUAUUUUUAAAUUAUUUUUUUUAAAAAACAACAACAUAUUUUUUAAAAGCUGAGAUUAACAUGAUUGGUCUCUCCUUUUGAGCAUGUUCAUAUCUUGCCAUAUCAGUAGUUAUCCAUUGACUUGAUUAGACCAAUUAAAAUACUGAACACCCAUUUUGCACAGCAUCAUUGCCCUGGACAGCACAGGAAGUCCUCAGAAACCAAAGCAAGAACUCUGGCACUGUGUAUUUGCAUUUAUUACCCACCUUAGGGGGCUUACCUUGAAUUGCUUGAAUUGCUGUUCUUCAGCGCUGCCACAACAAAUGCAAAAAGUAAUCUCCUUUUAGGCACAUUUUUAACAAUGUGCCUGUGAAGCCAGAUUGUUAUAAGCCACUUCAUACCACAGAAGCCUUGGCAGAAGCCCAGAAUUUCUAAUAAGGUGCAGUUGAGCAGCAUCCUCUAUUUCAUAGAAUCAUAGAAUCAUAGAGUUGGAAGAGACCACAAGGGCCAUCGAGUCCAACCCCCUGCCAAGCAGGAAACACCAUCAGAGCACUCCUGACAUAUGGUUGUCAAGCCUCUGCUUAAUCUUUCUGGUAUGCAAAUCAGUUGGAGGGAAGAUGCAAUUAAAAACAAACCAACAAAAUCACCAACUUUUGGGGAGCCUUCUACAGAGAUGUUUGGGUUGUGAUAGCUUUAUUUUCAGUUAAGUUAGAUUUUUAUCCUACUUUUCUCAUGUUAUUGGUGAUAUCAUUAUAUUUAUCCAUUAUUAUCUACAGGCUUAUACAAUAUAUAAAAAUUAUGGGCAAAUUCCACUUAGAACUUCUCCUCAUUGGAAUGAAUGUGAUUUACAGUCUCCUGAGACUUGUUUUCAUUUCACUGGGAGAUGUUCCUGUUGGAUUUUUCAUAUUCAUAUAUUCACCUAUAUAUUUCUAGAAUGCUGUAAUUUGUGUUUUGGAUUGUGUUUUGGAUUGCACAUAGACUGAACGACUGCAAAUUUAAAGAUGACUAGUUAAAACUAUUUACUCAGCUUUUUAUCCAGUAUGAAAUAAAGUGUCCCUGAGUGUUCUCUGUGACCUUCCUUCUUUUGCGCAGUUCUGUUAGGCAAAUGCCUUUUGGAAUGUUAGCACCUGCACCACCCACAGAACACCUGUCUGGUAUAUGGUGACUCUUUGCAAGAUCACGGGACUCAAGACUUCACUUUCUCCGGAGCCUCCAAGUUUCAGAUUUGUGGCAAGGGAGUUGUGCAUAAAUCACUCACCUCUAUAAAUAGGGUUGUUUUGUGACUUUCCCAUUUCUCUUCUUGUGGCUAUGAUUGCGCUAGAUUCUCACACAGGAUCGUGCUCAGUUUAGUGAAGGGCCGUGGCACUCCAGAUACAGGUAAGGCUACAACUCCCAUCAUUCUUACCAUUGCCCAUGCUGACUGAUGGGAGUUGUAGUCCAACACAUCUUGAAGGCCACAGGUUUCUCAUCCUUGGCUUAGUGCAAGAUUUCAG